AUGAAACUGCACAGUCGAGGAAGAAACAGACCGAGCGCGCCUGACAUGGCUAGGACGGCUGCUGAGAGUUUGGCCUUGGGAACAAAGGCUACCGAACAGUCUAAAGUUGUGCUAUUUCUGGUUUGUGAUGCUAGGGUUUGAAGAGAACACUCUUUGUACAACCACGGUACGCGUAAUCAAUGACUAUCACACAAAAAUUUAUUCAGAAAAGUAACCAAUCACACCAUCCAACUCAACGAUCCUUUUUCGGCAAUGGCUCAUCAAUGCACACACAAAUAUGUACGUAGUCAAGGCAGAAAGGCAUCCGUUCCUUGUAUUUGCACGUCAUCAACUCGACGCAUGCCCGAUCAUCGUUACAAUGGAUGAGAUUGGUCUGCGCAGCAACGGCGGCGAACAGCAAAAACGCUAUAGGCAAAGUCCGCAUUUUACAAAUAACACUGAUGAGCAGCGGCAGUCCAAGGUUGAUUUUGAAAUUUUAAUUAGCGUUGAACGUAAUAAAGACAUGGGAAAAAGACGUAAAGAUGAUUUAUGGGUUUUAAUGGGUGUAAUCGGCCGAAAACGCAUGCUGAUUAUUAUCAGUCUGUCGGGAAAAUAAUGUGAGCUAUGUCACUACGCCAAUCCUGUCCAUGAAAUAAAAGCAGUUUGAUUUUGCCGGGGCAAAACUCAAUGCAAUUUUCAAUGCGAAAAAUCCACAUUAUUUCCCCGACAGACUGAUAUGUACAAUUUCAAGAAACCUGUGACGUCUAAAAAAUGGGGAAAUCAUUGUCUGUUUUUAUCAAAAAAAUUUGCAACUCUCGCUUGGCAAGGAAAAUGUGAAAUUAGUCUGUCGGGGAAAUAAUGUGGAUUUGUCGCAGCAAGAUUUCUCGCUUCGCCAGAGUCGCAGACCAAAUCUUCAGCCGCUGGUAACCUCCGCAAAACAUUUCCUUUCUUAUCUAAAAGGCUGUACUGCGCCCUAUCCCAGCCAGUUCAUGUAAAGUUUAUUGAAAAAAUCCCGGUCUGCGCUUGUAAAAUUUAUUCAAAUAAAAAUCAAAAAUUUAUUCAAAUCAAACUCUACUUAAUUUCUUUACAAACACACAUUUUCCCCUGCAUUCGGAACUUGUCGCAUACCAGCUUGGAAUUUUUGUCGCACUUGAACGCGCCUUCACAUUCUGCGUCCACGGAACAGUGAAUGUAGAUAGGGUUGUCGGGCUGACACCGAACACCAACAGCGAAAAUCAAGAGAAUCAAAAGGAGAACUCUCAUUGUGGAACAAAUGAAAAACGAUUCGUUCGUGCUUGGUUGGAAUAAUAAUCGCUGAUUGAAUGAGAAAUGGGUGUAUUAAUGGUCAUACCAAUGGCUGUGACGAUGAUAGACAAGGAAAAAGGUCUUGAAAAGUUAAAGAGGAGGAUGGAGAGACAUCAGUCCGUCGGGAAAAUAAUGAGCGCAAUGUCGCUGCGCCAAUCGUGUCGCUGAAGUGAAAAGAAAUUUGAUUUUGUAGCGGCAUUUACUUUUCUCGGCGGCGAUGUGAUUUUCGAUGCGACAGAGUGUUUAUUAUUUUUCCGACUGGAUGAAAUAGGUCGAAAGUUUCUGCAAUUCCAAUCUCAAACACUAGUCGGUCCGCAAAGUCGCUGGAAUGAUUUCGGCGAGAUGCACUGUGCAAAAAAAGACAAGUUGCGAGCGGCAGCCAAAAAAGCCAUCCGAAAAAGUUAAGAAUUGUACUGUGCAAAGUGAACUUUUCGUUUUCUCACAGUGCUUAUCGCCAAAAUUACGGCGGCGACUUUGCUAAUUUGUCGGGAAAAUAAUGAGCACUCGUUUACAUCGAAAAUCGCAGCGCCACCAAGAAAAUGGGCUGUGCCGCGGGAAAAUUAAAUUGCUUUUCAGUUCAACGUCAAGACCAACGAUAUUUUGCCAUUAUUUCCUUGACAGACUGGAUGCGGGCGUCAGAAACUGUCAUCCUCAAAAAAGACGUUUUCACUUGCUCUCCAAACAUUCGCUGUUAUUUUCCCGGCAGACUGAUAAAUUCUCAGGACCUUGCAGGCCGAGUGGUACAUAUUGCACGGUAAUUUUCUAAUCGCCGAAAUUUUUAUUAAAAAUCUAACGCUCACAUAACCGCAACCUUCAUUAUGGCCAAUAUAAAUUCAACACCGCCCUGAUUAACCCACCAUCCCAUUCUGUGACACCACUUCCCAAUAUUUAUAAACAAAAAGUCCUUGGUUUUUUGUUCAGUUCUUCUAGAAUUAUGCGUUUCCUCCAGUUGUUCUUAUUCUUCUUCCUGGCCGUUGUGGCCAUGGUCAAGACCGGUGAAAUCCAUUGCACUCAUGACGAGGAAUGCCCGAGAAUUGUCACCUGCAACGGCGGCACCGCCGUCUGCCGUAAAGUCUGUGUUUGCGCUUGA